AGUUAUAGGGCUUUACCUAUUUGAUUCCCCCAAGUACAUUACGAUUCUCAAUCAUCACUAAUUUACAAUGACCAAAUUAACAAGCACAAUAUAAACUUAAAACUUAAGAUUUGUAGGGCUUUACCCCGAAAGGAACCCUUCUAAAAAUUCUCAAAGGCCAUAGGUCGAGCCCAAGCCCAUGAGGGGGUUUGGAAAUAGUUUUCAACCAGCAAUAGACGCGCCUCGGUUAGAACCUCAUUAGCUGCGUCAUUGCCCCAAGCGCAAAGAUGCUUUUCUCCGGAGGAUGUGAGAUUUGUUUUAUAGCACAACUUUUUUCUGCAUCUUUAGUCUCACAAGCGAUGUGGGACAAAAUACAAGCACACCGCCUCCAACUCAAUUAUUAUUACACUCCUGUCUUGGGCCACAAAAGUUGGGCCUCGAAAACAGUUUUGCUACUUACUUAUCCGCUUUAUCAUGUCUUCUUCAUUUGUUUUCACUUUUUUCAAUAUUAAAGAUGUUAAUUUUUUGUCAACGUUACCUUAAUGGUACUUAAACAUUGAAUUGAGUCAAGUAAAUCAAGUCUGUGUUUAGAUUAGGCGCGUGAGCUUUCACUUCCAAGUUCCAAUACAAAAAAAAAAACUACUGUACUAUUCAACGAUGCAUUGAAUGCAGAAUCUGGAACUUAUGGAAACAGAUUUAACACAAAAACAAAUCUAAGAAAAAACUUGCCUAUUAAUUUAAUGAGAUUACCCACAACGUAAAAGCGUUGAACAGUUUCAGAUUUGACCAAUGAACCCCUGCUCCCUCUUAUAGCAUCAAAUCUCCCAGAAUUGGUUUUAAAACAAAAAUCUCUAUUGUUUUCAUGCAGCAGAGUUGUUUGUAGAGCAAAAGGUCUCAGAGGAUAUGCCAAACCCAUUGCAGAAAUCGCUGCAUGGUUACCUGUCAAAGAUCAAACGAGAGACAGGGAAGCUGCAACUGUCUUCGUCGAAUUCAUUCUCAUCCUCAAAGAAUUGGGUCCUUGGUAAGCAUCCCAAGAAGCUCUCCUUCUCCUUCAAGCACAGACGACGCAGCAGCAAGACCAGAUUCAGCAAAGACGACCCCGUUCACCAGCAGGACUCCGCUCACGCCGCCACCUUGUCUGACAUUGAUCGUUUUCUUGAGGAAAACUUCAAAUCCCUCUGCAUCAGAGACGACCAGGAGGAUGAGCAUCAAGUCCGGCUGACCAAAAACAAGGAGAAAAGGGAAUCUUCAUCAGACGACAGUGAUGAUGACGACGACGACUAUCGUCACCGAUUCGAGAGGACAUGGGGACAGGCCGUCUACGACUCCCCAAAACAGCCGCCGGAUUUGCUGAGGACGGAGAGACUAUCUCCUCCUCCUGGAUCAUCGGAGGGGAGGCCUAGCAUGGAAACAACGUCUACAUCGGAGGAUAGACAAUCGAGAUCCACCUUGGUGCUGCCGGAGAACUGCAUCGCAGUGUUAAGAUACACGGAUGAGCCGCAAGAGGACUUCAGGCUGUCCAUGGUGGAGAUGAUGGAGUCCAAGUUAGGGAUGCCAGACAGCGAAGUGGAUUGGGACUUGAUGGAGGAGCUACUCUUCUGCUAUCUGGAUCUCAACGACAAGAAGUCACACAAGUUCAUAUUAAGCGCUUUCGUUGAUCUCAUCAUCGCUCUUCGUGAGAAGGAGAAGAGAAUCACCAGGAAAGGCCUUGUGAGGUCGCUCAGUACUCGCGCAGCCAGGGAGAGGCUGAGAAAGAGGAUGAUCAUGAGUGACAACUAACACUCAUGCAAUUUCACUUUCUUUUGUCACAAAUUUUUUACUUUCUUUCUUUCCUUCUCAGCUACACUUAAGGCUGUUAGAGUUUACUUACAACAAGAAUGUAGAGAGAGUAACAAUGUCAAUUGGAGUUUGAAAA